CCCCCGACGCAGCAGCAGCAGCAGCAGCAGCAGCCGUCCUGCCUUUUCUCUCCGCUGACGUCCGUUUCCCCCUUUUCUCUCCUGGUCACGGUGUUUUUCGGGAGGCGCACGGGGAUUCCGGUUUUUUCUCUUCUCUCUCUCUGUUUUUUUUGGUUUUGUUUUGUUUCACGGUGAACCGACGCUGCGUUUCCGCCACGGGGGAGACGUUUGUCAGCCGACAACCGAAUGAGAGCAGCUAAAGGGCGGACCGGACUGAGGCGAGGGGAGCCGGGGGAAGGCUGCACAUCCGCCGCUUUCUUUUAACACAACUGCAGUUUGCCAUUGAUUUGUCCACCCGGGGCCCUGAACACCUCGCCGUGCCCAGAAAUGCGCCCUGGGCUGGUUCCGGUUCCUCUUUAAGCGGCUGUGACAGCCAGAAAUCUCACGUUAGCUAGCCGACAGGGACACGGAGGCUCCCCCCCUUCUGAACUCAGCCCCUCGGAGACCUCCUUUAACCCCCAUCGAUGCUCCUCCGGUUCUCCGCCUUUUCUCACCUGAACGCGAUGGAAGUGAGCGCCGGGAUCGUUUCGGUACAGAUCCAGCCGGAGUCCACGGAGAUGAUCCGGUAGCGUCUGGGAGGGGAUUUUGGGGGAAAGUGAGAAGCUGAGUGGGGGGUUCAGAGUGGGUUGUUUUCUUUAAAUCCUCGGUUGGUACCGACUGAACCACACAGACAUGAGGUGGAUGUAGCCGAACACUUUGUUUUUACGCAUCGGUUUAAGCUGGAUCACGGUGUUGGUGAUCCGUGCUGCCUUCACGGACCCUAACAAUGAGGAUUGUGUGAGAAGUGAAGCUCACACACAGCCAGAUCCGGGGUUGUUUUUCCUUUUCUUUUUUUUUUCUUCACCCAGCGUGAACGCAAACCCACUUUUAUUUUUCUUCCUGGAGCGCACUCAGGGACGAACAUGUCUUUACGCACGGCACUGCCUGGGAACGAGCGGAACCCGGACCAUCAUACCUCCCUGUCGGCCAGCCGCUCAGAGAAGGGUACCGGCUGGUCGAGCCGCUCGCUCGGCGCCCGAUGUCGCAACUCCAUCGCCUUGUGUUCGGACGAGCAGCCGCACAUCGGAAACUACCGGCUGCUCAAAACCAUCGGCAAGGGCAACUUCGCCAAGGUCAAGCUGGCACGACACAUACUGACGGGCAGAGAGGUUGCAAUAAAGAUCAUCGAUAAAACACAACUCAACCCGACCAGCCUACAGAAGCUGCUCCGAGAGGUACGCAUCAUGAAAACGCUGAACCACCCCAACAUCGUCCAGUUGUUUGAGGUGAUUGAGACGGAGAGGACACUUUACCUGAUUAUGGAGUACGCUAGCGGAGGCGAAGUGUUCGACUACCUCGUGGCUCACGGCAGAAUGAAGGAGAAAGAGGCCAGAGCCAAGUUCAGACAGAUUGUCUCAGCGGUGCACUACUGUCAUCAGAAGAACAUUGUUCACAGAGACUUGAAGGCGGAGAACUUGCUACUUGACGCCGACUCCAACAUCAAAAUAGCCGACUUUGGCUUCAGCAACGAGUUCACUGCGGGCAGUAAACUGGACACGUUCUGCGGCUCUCCGCCCUACGCCGCCCCGGAGCUCUUCCAGGGCAAGAAGUACGACGGUCCAGAGGUGGACAUCUGGAGUCUGGGCGUCAUCCUGUACACGCUGGUCAGCGGGUCGCUGCCCUUUGACGGACAGAACUUAAAGGAGCUGCGGGAGCGCGUGCUGAGGGGGAAGUACCGCGUUCCCUUCUACAUGUCGACGGACUGCGAGGGAAUCCUUCGCCGCUUCCUGGUGCUCAACCCGGCCAAGCGCUGCUCGCUGGAGCAAAUAAUGAAAGAUAAAUGGAUUAAUGUGGGCUACGACGGCGAGGAGCUGAAGCCUCACAUAGAGCCUGGGGAGGACUUCACCGACACCAGCCGCAUCGACGUGAUGGUCGGGAUGGGCUUCGUCAGAGAGGAGAUCAGAGACUCGCUGGUCAGUCACAAGUACGACGAGAUCACUGCCACAUACCUGCUGCUGGGACGCAAGAACGAGACGGACGGCACCGAGUCUCGGUCAGGCAGCAGUCUAAGCCUGGCCCGAGUCCGGCCCGGUACCAUCAGCAACGGGACGAGCAAACACUCCACUUCCUCUUCCUCCUCGGGCGCACAAUCCUCCUCCUCCGGCCACAAGGCCCAGCGCAGCGCCUCGACGUACCACCGCCAGAGACGACACUCUGACUUCUGUGGUCCAGCGGUUCCAGGUUCGACGCACCCCAAGCGAAGUCCCAGCGGCGUCGGCGAGGGGGCGGGGCUUAAGGAGGAGCGCCUGUCAAUCCGCAAGCCGAGCACCAACACCGUGGGCUCCCGUAGCAUCCCGACGCCCUCCAGCCCCAUGGUCAGCUCCGCUCACAAUCCCAACAAAGCCGAGAUACCCGACCGGCGCAAGGAGGUCAACUCGACCACGAAUAACAUCCCUGCCAGUGCCAUGACUCGGAGGAACACGUACGUGUGCACGGACCGAUCCAGCACUGACAGACACUCCCUGCUGCAGAACGGCAAGGAGAACAGCUCCCUAUCCCACCGCCUCCCCCCCGCCUCCCCCUCCACCCACAGCAUCGCCGGCGCCUCCGGGGUCUCCUCCUCGUCCUCCACGCCUUCCUCCCGCCUCUCCAGGGGAUCCACAGUAAGGAGCACUUUCCACGGGGGGCAGAUCCGGGACCGUCGGCCUCCCUCCCACGCGCCCCCGGCGUCCCCGACGCCGUCCCACGACGCCAGCCCGCUGCCCCACGCCAGGACCCGGGCCACCUCCAACCUGCUGAGCAAACUCACCUCCAAGCUGACCCGCAGGGUCACAGACGAACCUGAGAGAAUCAGCAGAUCUCCGGUCACAAGUCGCCAUCUAUCUGGGCAUCAGAAAGCGGCCGAGCCCCGGACCCCCCGAUGCGGCUGGGAUGUGAGGGUGCGGAGCCCCCGCGACCCGGCCGAGGUGGUGCUCGCGCUGCGUGAGGCGGCGCAGGGCUGCGGCUGCCAGGUCCACCUGGCCGGGCCUUUCCUGCUGUCCUGCACCCACGGAGCAGCCGGCGCCCGAGUGGCCUUCGAGGCCGAGGUCUGCCAGCUGCCCAGCGGGCUGGGCCAGAGCAGCGGCGUGAGGUUCAAGCGCCUGUGGGGGGCACCGUUAGCCUUCAGAGACAUCGCCACCAAAGUGUCCAAGGAGCUGGAGCUCUGAGGACGACCGGAGGUGGGGCAGAUUGAUGACAGACAGGACAGGUUGAGGGAUGAGGAGGGACGAAGAGGAGGGGCAGAAGCCAUCGCCGCCUUCUCUUCCUUCCUGGGCUCCACCUCAUCUGAUGUGGCUAGCGAUGCCUCACCUCCGCCAAAGACCCUCUUCUUCUGAUGCCACCAAUCACAGCCAGACAAACGGAUGCACAGAUUGGCCGCCGUCGGCUGACUUACGAUGACCCUUGACGUUGGAGCUGUCAGUGACCUACGACCCCUGCUUAACACAUGCCACCACCUCCACAUUAAAUGAGCCCUUGGAGAUGAACUGUUGUUUUUUUUGUUUGUUUUUCAUGAUUUCAUAUUUGAUGAUGAUGCGGAUGGUUGCUGAGAAUGAUGGAGAGCGAUGAGUUGUUGUUGUUGACGUUGUUGUUCCUAUUGUAUCAUAUUUGUCAUCAUUCCUUUUUAAAGAGCUGCUAUUUAAAGAAAUGUUUUAAUUUUGUUUGUGUGUAUUAAGUUUAUUUUCUUUCUUUAACGCUUUUGAAACGGGCAGACGUUUGACAUCUGUUGUCACUAUUGGAAGUCACAUAUUUAAGUAGCGAGGGCUCAGUCUGACCUCCGGCCUCUAGAGGGAGACAUGCAGAAAUGCAGAGACUUGUGACAGACCAAACGGAGCAUCAAGCAUCACUGAAUUCCUGCCCAAACAUUCACAGAAUCCAUGUUUCUGCUCAGUUGGAUUUUGACGUGUUUCACGCCGUUAGCAUGUUUGCUCCUCUGCCGGCUGUCCGGCGUUUUGACAGCCAGCAGUCGAGCUUCUUACUGGACACUGUAGUUCAUUUGAGCGCAAAUAUGCUCCUCACGAAUACUCAUGUUCAACCGGUUAUUAGAAAGUGAAAGCCCUUUCCAAAAAAACUGACCAUUAAAAAGCUUUUUGAUGGUUCAAAGAAUUCAUUUUGUGUUUUCUUACACAGCGUGAUGCCUCAGUCUGCACCACUUUGUUCACCUGAGCAGCAGCCCGAUCAGAACACACCUUUAUGACACUAAUCUGCCGUUAAACUCAUUUUCAGUUAAAGUGAAUAAUUUAACUAAAUACAUUUAAGCUACAGCAAAUUUCCAAACAAAAAAUGAACAUGUUGGUGAAAGUUUUCAGCACGUGUCGUGUGCUUUCGCUGAGCGUGGUUGAAAACAGCCUUUACUGAUCCUUCUGUUAACCUCAUGUGAUGGUAAUUUAACAAAGUGUGAAAAUACAAAAAGUUUUAAUCCUGCGAAUCCAGUGCAGACAUACUUUACAAACCUGAUCCACUAAAAAGCUCAGACGGGCAGAACUUCUUAACGGGCGACCUUAAAGUUUUCUUCAUCGCAGAUUGAUUUGAUCUAAUAAUUGUUGGACCUCUUCUUCCCACUCUCUUGAUUACUGUAGCUCGUACUGGUUCAGAGCAAACGGAGGAGUUGAACAGUCGUUCUUCUGGUAGCACUUUGACAUUAAAAUAUCACAGUCUGUCAGAAAGCCAUCGCGUCGUUGAGUGUAGUGCAAUACAGCCGCGAAGCCAAGAAGCAACACUUGAAUAAGCAUCGAUUAAAACCUAACAGGGCUCCUUGUUUGAUUCCUUUUUUAUUAUUAUUAUUUUUGAUAUUGCUGGUAUGUUGUUGAAAUGAUUGAGCACUUUUUUUUUUUUUUGCUUUUUCGCCAGUAUUUCACUGAACUGUACUGGCAGAGUUUUUAAACAAUCUGUACUUUUUUCUGCAACUAAUUUUAUGGAGAAUAAUUCUGAAUGCCUUUUUUCAUUUUGUUUCGCUUCACAUACCUACAAUGGUGUCUUUGCUUUCCAUCGUGAAACCAGCUGUGGUUUCUUGGUGCCAUUUGGUUUCAGUGUUAAAUUGGGUAAACUGAGGUACAAAUAACGUGUUUAUCUGAUGCACCAGGACCAAAUGUCAACGACCUGUAAAGGUUUGCUUUUCAUUUGUCCGGUAUAACGUUCGCUUUGUGUUUCUAACCUCGACAUGCAAACUGUAGACUCUCCCAACGUUCACCAAUCAGACUGCAGCGCUGCAGAGAAUUUUGACUGUUGACCAAUCAGAUUCAAGUAUUGUUGUACGACGUUUAUGACUGUUAACCAAUCAGACCCCCUGCCUCGUCAAGCCGCCGCCGCGCGGCGAUGAGGCAGCCGGUUUAAGACGGGAAUGUCACCUCGAUCGACCCUUAAGAAGUUUCAUUUCUUUCUUUUGUAAAAGCACUUUUAUGCUCAUCGCGAAACCAAGCUACAAAGAUUUAACAAACACACUCAGAGUCCACCAAGUGCUACGUCGAACAUGUUUUCUGCUGCAUUGACACUGACAACUUCAAAAUCAGAAAGGUUGUACUUAUAUUGUAACUCUGUAAAGCCAAGCAAUUAUAACUUUCGAAGUAUGCAGCGUCUAACGAAACACUGAUAUGGGGAGAAAAAAAAAAAAAGAGUUCGAUGUUACAGCAGACUUGUGAUCUUUACGACGGGAUUUAACUGUUUGAUGGGAGAUUUGAGCUGCAGCGGGUGUCCACCACUGUCUGAAAAUGUGAAGCUGUGAUUUAGGGCUAGUUUUGCUUUUUAUUUUUAUUUUUUUAAACUUUAUUUUUUUUUGUGUACAACUGUGCCUCUUCCCUCUCCCCCAUCGAGGCUGUUCUCUAGAUACGGUUAGGGCCACGCUUUAAGGCUACAGUUCUGUUGUAUAGUGUGUUUGAAGCCGUCGCUGUUAUCAAUAAAACUUAACUUAUGGGCUGAAAUUACGGAAAUGAUCGACCUGCAAUCCUGCAUGUCUCCUAGGAAAUAAUGUGUGACACAAAAAUAAAGACUUUCAACCUCUUUCAUA